AUGUGGUACGUUUGCUUGAGCCUCGCGCUGCUGCGAUCAGCGGCGCUGGGCGCGCAGCAUCGGCCGAGCAAGGCGCACGACGGCAAGUCCGCGGCACGGCGCGGAGCCUCGGCGUCGAGCGCCAAGAUAGCGCGGCGACAGGACGGCGGCAAUCUGCUGCAGCUGGGCUACGGACUGCCACCUCAGCCGGUGUACGGUCCACCGCCAGCGUUCGCCCAGCCCGAGGCCGUCCAUCAUCAGCCUGGGCCGCCGGCACCGGCCGUGUUCGAGCACUCGGAGCCGCUGCCCCAGCCUCAGCACUUCGCCGUGGUUCCUGCGCCGGCUCUGCCCCUGCCCGUCAGGCCCGGCGUCGUCCCGCCGCACGUCGUUCCAGUGGGUCCCCCGCCAGUGGACUUCGGCCCGAUAGGGCUGCCAGUAGGACCGGCAGCGCUGCCAGUUCCAGUAGGAGUGCCCGCGCCAGCGCUACCAGUCCACGUGAUCACCAAGCACGUAGCCGUGCCGGUGGCGGUGCCCAAGCCCUACCCGGUCCACGUGGAGAAGCUCGUUCACAUCGUCAGAGUCGACCGGCCGUUCCCCGUGCACGUCGCCGUGCCCGUCCACGUGCCCAGGCCUUACCCCGUGCCGGUGGCCGUCAGAGCGCACUACGACUGGUGA